AUGAGUGAGAGCAUUUGCCAGCGUUGCCGCGACGAGCCGCGCGAGUACCUGCCAGGCGCUGCGCCUCCGAAGCCGGCCGUGUGCGAGGGCGAUGGAUGCAUGGCAGGCGUGACCAUCAACCAGGGCGCCAUGCAGACCUCACCGUUCUGCACCGAUUGCUGCGCGGUGCAGGGGCGAUGCAUCAACUUCGAGUCGAUGCUCAAGGCCGGCUCCAAGUAG